UAACAUAUAUAUAGUAUAUAAUUUAUGUAUUACAUGGUCUAGGAUAGGGUUAGUUACGUGACCCGAAAGAUAAGACUAUUCAACUAAAAUACGUAAGGUCUUAAACGUAUUUAUUUUCUUACUCCUUGCAGUUUCUCUAGGCUGUUACCCAUUUUCGGACAAGUUCUACAAUUAUCCAUAAGUGUCAAUAACAUUAUUAAUAAUAAAAAAAAAUGAUAUGAUUAGGUUAUGUUCAUCGGUGAUUAGAGCUUACAUUUUUGACACCAGAGGCGCGCUAUCUAUAUCUGUAUAUGCGCGCACGCGUUUGUACAUCUGAAUUUGGUCUUUUGCUCGACGUCGUUUGCCCGAAAUUAUACCGUGUGGUAUCCUAUGUAUCUUUAAACGUGAUUCACAUGCAAAGGGAAGUUGUAGGAAGACGUGAACAGCACAGCAUGGAUCCGCGAAAAUUAACAGAAUUACUCCGAGCUACCAUUGAGCCGGCACAGCAGAAACAAGCUGAGGAGCAACUCAAUCAGAUCCACAAAAUUAUUGGCUUUGCUCCAGGACUGUUACAGGUAGUAAUGUCUAAUGAUGUUGAUAUGCCUGUAAGGCAAGCUGGUGUUAUUUAUUUGAAGAAUUUUAUUACUUCAAAUUGGAUAGAUCGAGAAGCUGAAAAUGGAUCAGUACCCUUUAGUAUUCAUGAACAAGAUAGAGGAAUGAUUCGUGAUGCUAUAGUUGAUGCUACAGUACAUGCACCUGAACUUAUUAGGAUACAAUUGGCAGUAUGUAUUAGUAAUAUUGUUAAACAUGACUUCCCUGGAAGGUGGACACAAAUAGUUGAUAAAAUAACAAUAUAUCUACAAAAUCCAGAUGCUUCCUGUUGGCCUGGUGUUCUCUUGGCCUUGUACCAAUUUGUAAAAAAUUUUGAAUACAAAAAAGCAGAUGAGAGAGGACCCCUUCAUGAAGCUAUGAAUCUUCUUUUACCUAUGAUUUAUCAAUUGAUUUUAAGACUACUUUCUGAUCCAUCUGAACAAUCUGUUUUACUUCAAAAACAAAUACUCAAAAUAUUUUUUGCUUUAACACAAUACACACUUCCACUUGAUCUUAUUUCUAAAGAAAUUUUUUCUCAAUGGAUGGAUAUUGUUCGUCAAGUAGCUGAUAGGCCUGUACCUCCAGAAACAAAUAAUCCUGAUUUGGAUGAUGAUGAACGAGCAGAAUUAGCAUGGUGGAAAUGCAAGAAAUGGGCACUUCAUAUACUUCAGAGAAUGUUUGAAAGGUAUGGAAGUCCAGGUUCAGUAUACAGUGAUUAUAAAGAUUUUUCAGAAUGGUAUUUACAUACAUUUAGUGGUGGUAUAUUAGAAGUUUUACUGAAAGUCUUAGAUCAAUAUCGUAGAAAAAUUUAUAUAUCACCACGUGUUUUACAACAAUCUAUUAAUUAUAUAAAUCAAGGAGUGAGUCACGCAUUUUCUUGGAAAUUUUUAAAACCUCAUAUGUUUGAAAUCAUACGGGAUGUUUUAUUUCCAAUUAUGUCUUAUUCAGCAGCUGAUGAAGAACUUUGGAAUACAGAUCCAUAUGAAUAUAUAAGAGUUAAAUUUGAUAUAUUUGAAGAUUUUGUAUCUCCUGUAACUGCAGCUCAAACUUUAUUACAUUCUGCUUGUAAAAAACGGAAAGAUAUGUUACAAAAAACAAUGCAAUUUUGUGUUGAAGUUUUAACUAGUUCUAAUACAGAUCCAAGACAGAAAGAUGGAGCAUUGCAUAUGGUAGGAACAUUAGCCGAUGUUCUUUUAAAGAAAAAUAUUUAUAAAGAUCAAAUGGAUAAAAUGUUAAUGCAGUAUGUAUUUCCUGAAUUUAAUAGUUUGCAAGGCCAUAUGAGAACAAGGGCUUGUUGGGUACUGCAUUACUUUGCUGAAAUUAAAUUUAAGCAAGAAAAUAUUUUGAUAGAAGCUGUUAGAUUAACAACAAAUGCUUUAUUGAAUGAUCAUGAUCUUCCAGUUAAAGUUGAAGCAGCUAUUGCAUUACAAAGUUUGCUUCAAUCUCAAGAUAAAGUACAUAAAUGUGUUGAGCCUUGGAUAAAACAAAUUACACUAGAACUUUUGAAUCUUAUUAGAUUAACUGAAAACGAUGAUUUAAUGACUGUUUUACAAAAAAUUGUUUGUACUUAUCCAGAACAUAUUAUGCCAAUCGCUGUAGAAGUCUGUCAGCAUUUAGCAGCGACAUUUAGUCAAGUUUUGGAAACUGAUGAAGGCAGUGAUGAAAAAGCUAUUACAGCAAUGUCAUUAUUAAGUACUAUUGAGACUUUGUUAUCUGUAAUGGAUGAUCAUCCUCUAAUUAUGAAUCAACUUCAGCCAACAGUCUUACAAGUUAUUGCUCAUAUUUUUAGUCAUAGUGUUAUGGAAUUUUAUGAAGAAGCCAUGUCACUUGUAUAUGACCUAACAGGUAAAUCAAUAUCUGAAGAUAUGUGGAAGGUUUUAGAAUUAAUGUAUGAGCUUUUCCAAAAAGAUGGUUUUGACUAUUUUAUGGAUAUGAUGCCUGCUCUUCACAAUUAUAUUACAGUAGAUACACCCGCAUUUUUAUCUAAUGAAAAUCAUAUUUUAGCAAUGUUUAACAUGUGCAAAGCUGUGUUAGUAGGUGAUGCUGGAGAAGAUCCAGAAUGUCAUGCUGCAAAACUUCUUGAAGUAAUAAUUCUACAAUGUAAAGGACACAUUGAUAAUUGUAUACCACCACUUAUACAACUUGUAUUAGAACGAUUGACACGUGAAGUUAAAACAUCAGAAUUAAGGACCAUGUGUCUUCAAGUUGUUAUUGCUGCUUUAUAUUACAAUCCAACUUUAUGCCUUGAAACAAUGGAUAGACUGCAAGGUACUUUAGGACAGUCAACAGAACCAAUUGCAUCACAUUUUAUUAAACAAUGGAUUCAUGAUACAGAUUGUUUUCUUGGGUUACAUGAUAGAAAAUUAUGUGUUCUUGGUUUAUGUACAAUAAUUAGUAUGGGUCCUUCCAGACCAACAGCUGUUAAUGAAUGUGUACAGCAAAUCAUUCCAUCAUUAAUUCUUCUUUUUGAUGGUCUCAAAAGAGCAUAUGUUGCAAAGGUGGCAGAAAGUGAGGAUGAAGAUAAUGCUGAAGAUGAAAGUGAUUUAGAAGAAGAAGUGUUAUCAUCGGAUGAAGAUGAAAUAGAUGAUGCUAGUCAGGACUAUCUUGAAAGACUGGAAAAGAAAGUUACAAAAUCACAAUGUCAUCACAUGAGUGGUAUAACAAGUUCAAUACAGGUUGAACAUAUUGACCAUAAAUCAGAUGACGAUGAUGAUGAAGAUUCAGAUUAUGAGGCUAAUGAAGAAACUGCACUUGAAAGUUAUAUUACACCACUUGACUCGGAUGAUACAAAUCAAGAUGAAUAUAUAGUUUUCAAAGAAGUUCUACAAAAUAUUGAAAGGACGGAUGGAACGUGGUAUAGUGCUUUAACUAGUCACUUAAUACCAGAACAACAAAAAUCAUUGACCGAAAUUAUAUUAUUAGCAGAUCAGCGUAAAGCAGCAUUAGAAAGUAAACGAAUUGAGCAGAGUGGAGGUUAUGCUUUUACUUCACAAACUGUGCCCACUUCAUUUAAUUUUGGCGGUACGCCUUUAGGCCGAUAAGAAAUAUAAGCGAUUUUAUAUUAAUAUAAGUAAAGAAAUUGUAAGGUAAAUGAAUUAAAUAUUUGUAGCACUUGAUUGCAAUAUGACCAUCUUCAAAUAAUGCAUUUCCUUCUUACUAUUUUUGUGUAAAUUAAAUGUACAUUAAUACGGCAAUAGGAAGGAUUUGUAUACAUAUUAUAAAGCCGUUUUUACGUUUUUAAUGCGAAGCUCUUAUUGCCAAU